AUGGCUUUGACUCUUCAAACUGCCAUCAAUGGCCCGGCCAACUCGACGGCCAUCAUCGUGCCGUCCAAGCCCAACCCUCUUACCGUCACCUACGGCGACCUAGUCAAGGAGACCUCGGCCUUCCAGCAGAAGCUGGCCGCUAUCGGCAUCACACGUGGUUCUCCCGUCUCCAUUGCGACCGUCAACUCGUAUGAGUUCAUCGUGUCUUUCUUGGCCGCCUCAUGGCAGCGUGGCAUUGCCGCGCCCCUGAACCCGGCCUACAAGCAAGACGAGUUUGAGUUCUACAUCGAGGACGUCAAGUCUGCCAUCGUCCUAGUUCCCAAGGGCGCAUAUGCUGCUGGUGCCCCCGCCGUAAAGGCUGCGAAGAAGUUCAACGCUGCCGUUGCCGAGACGUACUGGGAUGAGUCCAAGAAGGAGGUCGUGUUGGAUGUCAAGGAUCUGGGUCAGCUCAAGGGCAAGGGACCUGAGAAGGCGUUGAAAGCCGAAGCAGACGACGUUGCCCUGGUGCUGCACACCAGUGGAACAACCUCCAGGCCCAAAGUCAACACUUAUCAGCUGACGAACAAGGACCGUACGAUGCUGGUCAUGCCUCUUUUCCACGUCCACGGUCUUCUGUGCGGUCUCCUCGCACCCCUGGCUUGCGGUGGCUCCAUGGUCGUCCCGUCCAAGUUCUCUGCCACCGAGUUCUGGGAAGACUUCAUUGCCCACAAGGCCAACUGGUACACCGCCGUGCCUACUAUCCACCAGAUUCUCCUCAAGAACCCGACCCCUAACCCGUUGCCCAACAUCCGUUUCAUCCGCUCCUGCUCUUCCCCGCUGUCGCCCACCGUCUUCCACCAGCUCGAGGAGACGUACAAGGCCCCCGUCCUUGAGGCCUACGCAAUGACCGAGGCUGCCCACCAGAUGACCUCUAACCCCCUUCCCCCCGCCAAGCGCAAGCCCGGCACCGUGGGUCUCGGCCAGGGCGUCGACGUGCGCAUCCUUGACGAGGCGGGCAACGAGCUCGCGCAGGGUCAGGAGGGCGAGAUCUGCAUCCGCGGCGAGAACGUUACCAAGGGCUACCUCAACAACGAGAGUGCCAACGCAUCAUCCUUCACCAAGGGCGGCUUCUUCCGCACGGGCGACCAGGGCAAGAAGGAUGAGGACGGCUACAUCAUCAUCACGGGCCGCAUCAAGGAGCUCAUCAACAAGGGCGGCGAGAAGAUCAGCCCCAUCGAGCUCGACAACGUCCUUACGCGCCACCCCGCCGUCUCCGAGGCCGUCAGCUUCGCCAUUCCUGACGACCUGUACGGCCAGGACAUUGGUGUGGCUGUCGUUCUCAAGCCAGGGCAGCAGCUUAAGGGCGACGACUUGAAGAAGUGGGUGCUUGAGAAGCUGGCCAAAUUCAAGGUCCCCAAGAAGAUCUACUUCACUGAGACGAUGCCCAAGACGGCCACCGGCAAGAUCCAGCGCCGCAUCGUUGCCGAGAAGAUGCAGCAGCAAGAGGCACCCAAGGCCAAGUUGUAA